AUGCCAAAGUCAGCGCCGUCAAAAAAAGAAACCGGACAACUGUAUUGGUCCACGCCUUUUACACAACGCAACAUUUCAGAGAAAAAGCAGGUACACCAAACACAGCACCAAACACAGCACCAAACACAGCACCAAACACAGCACGAAAUACAGCACGAAAUACAGCACGAAAUACAGCACGAAAUACAGCACGAAAUACAGCACGAAAUACAGCACGAAAUACAGCACGAAAUACAGCACGAAAUACAGCACGAAAUACAGCACCAAACACAACACCCAUCCCAGGCUCGGACCGAGAUGUCUGCUGCUGCAUUGAAACUUCGCAUCAUUCAGCUUGAGACCGCAAUAGAAGAAAUCUGCGAGAAUGUAGUGACAUUAAGAAAGGACAUUGUUCAGUCACAAGUCCUUACUCAAUACCCGUGUCUCACAGAUUGUCUGCAAGAUGCCGUGAAAUCAUGCUUGCAUUGGCUGGGGCACGGGGAGAGCUCUCAGGAUGAUUUUGCCCUUUUACAACCACGUGAAGGAUAUCCUGGAGGGUAUUUCCAAACAGAAAGCCAACCUCGGGGGGAAGGCACAUACAAGAAGCUAGGUGAUGCUAGUCCUAUCGAGACCGCAACUUUUAUCAAUUAUCUGAGGAUAGCAUGUUUAUACUACGGCUAUAUGAUACUUGGUAAACCGUCUAUUCCCCUAGAAGCUCUGAAGAGACCUUUCCGUCUGCUUUUGCCGCUCGUCACUAGGGACAGCCUUACAUGCUUCUUCUACACUCGCUUGCAAGCCAGGCUCACUAAUAAGACGCUGGGUGACUCUCCGGAAGUACCUCACUUCCAAAUAGGAGGCGCUGGUUUGCACUUUCCUGAAGUAUCUGUUUUUAGCGGCCAGGAAAGCGAAUCUCAGAAGCCAUACCGAGAUUUUAUGAUGCCUAAUGUAUGGUCCGGGUAUUCGCCUGAAGUUCAAGAAGAGCUUCAGGGGGAGUGGUUUGAUUUACAGGACUUGGAGAGGUACCUAGAAGCAACAAGGGUUCGUAUCUCAACAAAACCUCAAAUUGCUGACGGCUGUGUUGUGAACGCGGUGGAUUUUGCAACAGGUAUGGAUCAAUUCUUGGAUUCUAUUGAGGUAUCUGACAGUUAUUAG